AUGUGUGCGGAGGCGGCACCCGCCGACAGCUGGAGCGAGGCCGCGCUCUCUGCCUGCACGUCUCCCGCGGCCUCCCUGGCCCACGAGCGCUCCCCGGAGCUGGGCGUCCCCCGUCUCCGCCCCCGCAGCGAGGCCUCGGGACCCCUCCGCUCCCCUCCCUCGCGGGCCGGAAGCCGGAGUUCGCCGCUAGAGGGAGCGGGCGGAGGCGGCUGGAGCGACCGCCCCCAACCAGCCCGGGCCAGGGGAGGCUCCCGGCGCCGGAGGCUUCAGGGCUGGUGGGACGCGGACAGUUAUGGCCCCCGCGCCGAGAGGAAGCAGCCGAUUCGAGCUUUGCACCAGUUGAUAUCAAUACUCAAGACAAUUGCAAAAAAAAAAAAGAAAGAAAAGAAAACAGAAAAGCCCCUCCUGGGCCUCCACCCAGGGCAGCUUUGGCCGGCGGAGCCAACCGGCGGGUCUGGGUUUUGGGAGCAGCUGGCAAGGGUCCCGAGAGGGAAGAGGGAGGAAAAGCAGGAGGCUCUGGGUCCGAUUCCGGAGCUGACCGUGACCCCUCCUGGUGACCCCCGGGCCGCAGAGCGGGCACACGGGGAAGAAGGGACGGUCGCCGCCCGUUACGGUCCAGGCCCUGCCUUGCGUGGCUUGGAGACCCGCGCCGGGCAGGAGCCACCGGCAUCCACGCGGGCAUCUCCAAGACAGGCUUUGUUCCCCAGAACACCCGACCCUUGUUUCCCUAACACUUCCCCCAUUUUGCGGCCCAGUUCUUCACCCGACUUUUUCCCGGGAGGAGGACGAGCACGGAUGCAACGUCCUCCACUCGGACGGCCCCAGGGCUCCCGAGAGGCGUGGCCCCUCGCCCCCCCCCGCCCAGGCAGCCCAGGGGGCGUCCAGAGCUGGCGGGCGUGGCAGGCCCGGGCCGCGGCGCGCGGGCGCCAGGUGGAGGGUCCCCCGCGCUGGGCGCACAGCAGCGGGCCGCCACCUCCGCCCAGCCCACAGCCCCGGAUACCUCUGGCCUGUGCGGCGGGGUCGAGUCGCUGCGGCCGCCUCAGAGCGGGCACCGGUCCUGGAUCACAGCUUCCCGCGCGCGGCCCGCGACGCGCCUCUGGUUACCCUGGGGCUGGCGUCUCUCGUCCCAUUGGAGCGCGCGGGGAUAGCGCCCUGGACGGCUGUGCCCGGCGACCGGUUUUCAGAUAUCAUUGA